AUGACUCUUGCAUCGUCUCCCGUGGACUCGUCGCCGCCGUUCUUCGCCCCGGACCUCGAAGGGCUCGCACAGGCGCCCGCGCCCGUCGCCCGCGCCAUCCUCGUGGCGCUGUGUGACGACCGUCGCGUCCGGGCACAGGCGUUGAGGCAGCUCGGCCGGCUGCUGCGCUUCGAGGCCGACGUCCGCGGCCGGGAUCCCGUCGUGGGGAGCCCCGACUCCCCGGCCACAAGCCCGUCGAACCCCAGGAAGAGGAAGGCCACCGGCGAGCCCAAGAUCUGCGUUCAGUGCGACUGCAUCUUUACCGACAACGAGAACACCUUUGGCGCGUGCUGGUACCAUACAGACAAGCUGGAGCUCUGGGACGAGACCCAAAUACCCACGCUCUGGGACGAAGUAACGUCCGACGAACUCGACACGGAGUCGAACCGCGCCGAGUACCCGGCGGCGUUCCGGUGGUGCUGCUGCGAGCGGCUCGGCGACCGGCCGGGCUGCGUGCGCGGCGAGCACGAGGCCAAUCCGGACAGGAGCAAGAAAGGCCGCGGCAACGAGCUCUCGGACCCCGAGGACGACCCGCUCGAGCUCGACGGGUCAGGGGACCUGGAGCUGGAUCUGCGGACGCCGCACCAGCAGCACUACACGAUCACGAACUCGCAAGAGGGCAUCCGCAAGUUACCGACGCAUCAGCACCAUGAACAACAUCAGCACCAGCAGCUUCGUCAGCAAUGA